CCACACACUCCAAAGUCCAAAAACCCUUGAAAUCGAAACCUAAAACCCCAAAGGGAAAAUAGCAAAACAUCAAACGAAAGGAUAGAAAUGGGGAAGAAGAAAAGCCAGCAACCAUCACCCUCGACCGACGAUCUUCUCAAAACUCUCGGAGACUUCACGAGCAAAGAAAACUGGGAUAGCUUCUUUACCCUCCGAGGCAGCGAUGACUCGUUCGAGUGGUACGCUGAGUGGCCUCAGCUCCGUGACUCACUCCUCCCUCUUCUUCAACAACAACAACAACAACCAUCACCCUCUUCUUCUUCUUCUUCUUCUUCUUCUUCUUUGCAAAUAUUGGUGCCUGGUUGCGGCAACUCCAGACUAUCCGAACAUUUAUACGACGCCGGAUUUAAAGAUAUAACCAAUAUUGAUUUCUCGAAAGUUGUCAUCUCCGACAUGCUUCGACGUAAUGUCAGGGACCAACCCAACAUGCGUUGGCGGGUUAUGGACAUGACCCAAAUGCAGUUCACAGAUGAUACAUUCAAUGUUGUUCUUGAUAAAGGUGGAUUGGAUGCUCUGAUGGAGCCAGAGCUUGGCCCUCAGCUGGGAAAUCAAUAUAUAUCAGAGGUGAAAAGAGUUUUGAAAUCCAAGGGUAAAUUCAUCUGUCUUACCUUGGCAGAAUCUCAUGUUCUAGGUUUGCUUUUUCCUAAGUUCAGAUUUGGUUGGAAUGUGAGUCUCUAUGCUAUACCUCAGAAACCAUCUAGUAAGCCUGACCUUCAAACGUUUAUGGUGGUUGCUGAGAAAGAGAAUUCCGAUGAACUGCACCAGAUCAUGACAUCUUUCAGUCAUUCUUCCCUUGGUUGCAAUCCACAUCAGGCUUCUGGUCUUCACGAAGCCCUUGAAAGUGAGAAUCGAAUUCGUGGAGAAUACUUGAGUGGAUCUGAUAUACUAUAUUCUCUUGAAGAUCUGCAACUAGGAGCUAAGGGGGAUCUGACAAAACUUAACCCUGGUCGCCGAGUUCAGCUUACUCUGGGCGAACAAGGGGUCUCUCGUUUUUGUUACAAAGCUGUAUUGCUUGAUGCUAAACAACAGUCCGGUGCAUUCUCUUUUCACUAUGGCGUCUUUAUUGUUCCUAAGACUCGGGCUCAUGAAUGGCUCUUCUCUUCAGAAGAAGGACAAUGGCAGGUGGUUGAAAGCUCAAAGGCUGCUCGUCUAAUAAUGGUUUUAUUGGAGACCAUCCACACUAAUGCUGAUAUGGAAGAUAUUCAGAAGGAUUUGUCUCCUCUGGUGAAACCGUUGGCUCCUGCAGAUAAUGAUAAGGGCGAUCAAAUUCCGUUUAUGACAGCGAGUGAUGGAAUUAAGCAGCGAAACAUUAUUUACCAGGGCUCAUCUUCUUUGACUGGGCCUAUUGUUAUUGAAGAUGUUGUUUAUGAAAAUGCUGAUGGUGAUGUCAAUCGAUCUUUGCCCUUCCGUCGCCUUAUUUUCCGAAGAACUGAGAGCCUGGUACAAUCUGAAGCUUUGCUAACUAGGGAUGGAUUGUUUGACAGAAGUGUCUAUGAAACAGAGCUGAAGAAAGCCAGCUCAUCUUCCAAAAUCAAACGAAGUGGAAGACAAAGAAGAAAUAAUGAGUCAAGCAGCAAGAUGAAGGUGUAUCAUGGUUAUUUGGCUAGUUCUUAUCAUACAGCGAUCAUUUCUGGCUUUUCACUGAUUUCAUCCUAUUUGGAAAGUGUGGCAUCAGCUGGGAAUAGAGUUAAAGCAGUUGUGAUAGGUCUUGGUGCAGGUUUACUUCCUAUGUUUCUUCAUGGAUGUAUGCAAUUUAUGCAAAUUGAGGCAGUGGAGCUAGAUCCUACCAUGCUUAACCUUGCAAGAGACUACUUUGGUUUUACUGAAGGUAAAUAUUUGAAGGUACAUGUCGCUGAUGGCAUCCAGUUUGUUCGGGACUACAGAAACUUAUCUGCAGCUGGGGAUAUGCCUCCUCACGAAAGCAAGGAUGCUUCGAGCAAUGAAAUGCUCCUAUCUUCCAAUGGAAGUUGCAAUUCUUCAGAUGCAGAAAGCAGAAGAAAAACCACUGUUGACAUAGUUAUUGUUGAUGUGGACUCUCCAGACUCGAGCUCUGGAAUGACCUGUCCUGCUGCUGAUUUUGUGGAAGAGUCUUUUCUUCGAAAUGUAAAAGAUACCCUUUCUGAGCAAGGUCUCUUUGUUAUUAAUUUGGUCUCAAGGUCUCCUGCCAUCAAGGACGUGGUUGUUUCAAGGAUGAAAGAGGUCUUUAGCCACUUAUUUUGCCUUCAACUUGAGGGAGAGGUCAACCUAGUACUUUUCGGUCUUUGUUCGGAUUCUUACAUCGAGGAGGAUUGCAUACCUGAAGCCACUCUUAGACUUGAGAAAUUGCUCAAGUCCAAGCAUCCCGAGAUAAGCCAGAGCAUCACCGAUGCAGCAAAGAAACUCAGAUGUUUAAAGUGAGGGCAGUUUGAUAACGAUUUUCCUCUCAAGUGACUUGAGCAGGAUUUGGCAGAUUUGGAGUAUUUGACAUUGAAAGUAGGGGAUUGAAGAUUGCACUGCAUGAAGAGAAAUGCGGAGGUAUUUUCCAUUGGACGGUAUGUAUUCAGCAUCUCCAGUUAGGUUGUUCAACUUCUGACUGUUUUCAUCUGCAAGGUGUAAUAGUAUUAACCUGUAAAUCAUACCAUUGUGAGUAUGAGUUUUGCCGGACUUUGCAUCUGAUCAACCUUAAUUGAUUCACUGAGACCAGUGCCCUGUUCUGUUUAUGGAAAUGUUUUGCUCUUCCUUUUACUCCUUGAAUAAGUGCUAGCAUUGUUUGAAAGUCCCCCUAGAACCAGCCAGUUCCUACGGGGCUGUGCUAAAACCCAUGAAGGGGGUCAAGAUUCAACAUGAAACAAACCCUGUAGUUCAGCUAAUAAUAAUCCGAAUGGAUAAUUGGAUAAAGGGCAAUUUUGCCACUGUACUAUAGGUGUAAAAGUACAGUGAUAAAAGUACACUGACAAAACAUAGUCAAAAUAGUAGUGGAAAACAAGAAUUUAUAUAAAAAAAUAGAAGGAAAAAAAAAGAAAAUGUCUAAUAACCAGCAUGCUGCAAAUUUUUCUCUGAGUGAGUUCAUAUGCCAAUUUAAAAAAUUGAACUGUAUGUAAGCAUGAGCGCCCUUUUUUUGCCUUACAACAGUCAAUGUUCAAUAAGCCCAUAGAAAAGCUAGCGUGUAUACACACACACACGCACAAAUUCUCUGCUGCAACAGUAAAAAUCAUUAAUCACACAACCUAUUGGAAGAAAGGACUAUUCGGAGGCUGAGCGCUAGGGACUAAGCAAACUCUUAAAGCUCAAUCUCCAAUAGUGUUUUAUUUCUUGGCACAG